GGUAUAUAAAGCCCUACGAUUUUCUUCGAAAGACACACACUUCAUCUUCACAAGUCUUCCAGUCAACAUCUCAACUCACCAUUUCAUCAUGAACUCCUUCAAAUCUGUAGUUAUGAUCUGCGCCUUGUUCGCUGCUUCUUGCUCCGGCCAAUACGCGUCGCAAUCAUCGAGCCAGGCAUCGCAAGCAGCAAAUGCGGGUCACAGUGGACUGAUGGCAGGUCAAUCAUCUUUCGCUGCCCAGGGCCAGCAGGCUGGUAUGAACAGCCCAGUAUUCGCUGAACCAGCCAAACCAGCAGCUAGCCCGGUCUUGCCAGCUGCCCCAACAACUACCCAACAGAUCUGCUCUUGCAUUACUAUUAACCCAGCUGCAUCAGCUCAUCAGUCCGCUGCAGUUGUUACUUCUUCCGCCGCUGAAUCCUUCGGCCAGGCCGCUGCUCCCGCUGCUGAACAGCAGACAUUCUCUGCUCCCGCCGCUGCUCAGCAGACAUUCUCUGCUCCCGCUGCUGCCCAGCAACAAUCUUUCGCUGCCCAAUCAGCUUCUGCUCAAUCCUAUUCUUCCUCCGCUGCCCAGCAAACGGCUAACGCACAGCGCGCUUACUAAAAAUGUUUUUUUAAACAAUUAACUAUCACAAUUCUAAAUGGCUCACUUGAUUUGAUCAUCGAGUUCACAUUAUACU